ACUUUGCCACAUUCAAGAUGGCGGCGACGUUGACGUACGAUGCAGCCCUCAAUGCGGCUAUGUGUGUAUAUGUCUAUGCUGCUUGCCAGCCGUAAACACCAAAACAACGCACAUAACAUGGACUCCAGGAGACGCAUCGAUGCCGUUAAGGAGUUACGUCGUACGCUGACAGGCUUCCCGACUGUUAUUCCAUCGGAGCAAUAAAAAAACACACACACAAAAUCCCGUGAUUAAGAGAAUAUUUUUUUCCCCCCGAGGAAUGAUUUGUGAUGUUAUCCUGCAGCCACCGACGAUUGCGCAUCUGGAUUUGGCUGAGACGCUGUUGCUAGCUAGCGCCCGAGCUAGCAGCGCACCGUGUUGCAGCGCCGCUAGCCUCGCUCCGCAGUGAGUUUCCCACAGGAGUGGCUAGCUCGCUUAGCUAGCUGUCAGUUUUCACUCCUCUUCGGAAGAUACGCUUGUCUAAUGGGUCACCAGCCGUAGAAUAUCUACCGAAAAUGUAAAUGGCCAUGCGCCCAAAGGGACGGGAACCGGCAGUGCCAGUGAUGGCCUCCCCUCUCCCUGUCUCCGUCAUACUCCUGGUGUGUCUUCUUGGCAUGUCACCUGUCUGCCAGGGAGGUGACUGCAAGGGCCACAGGCAGGUGUUGAGGGGCCCACCAGGUUACGUUACAGAUGGAGCAGGAAAUUACUCUGUCAAUGGGAACUGUGAAUGGCUCAUAAAAGCUCCCAGCAACAGUCACCGCAUUGUUUUGAAUUUCACCUUCAUGGACACUGAGUGCACGUAUGAUUACCUGUUUGUGUACGACGGGGACUCCUACCAGAGCCCUCUGCUUGCCAGUUUGAGUGGCAACACUUUGCCUGAGUCCAUUGAAGCCAAAUCUGGCAAGAUGCUUCUUCAUCUCUUCAGUGAUGCAAACUACAACCUCCUGGGCUUCAAUGCCACCUACACCUUCUCUUUGUGCCCUGGAGCCUGCGGCGGGCAUGGUCGCUGUGAUUCAUCCACAUCAAAGUGCCACUGCCAUCAGGGCUGGGGAGGCCCGUCUUGUACAACACCUCUGUGCCCACAGGCCUGCUCUGUGAAUGGCCUGUGUGAUAAGAAAGGAGAACUGUGUCAGUGUAACUCGGGUUUCCUGGGCCACGGCUGCCAGCUUGGUGUGCGUGAUGACGGCGGGGCGGGCCAGUGGUGGCGUGUGAGUGAGGGAAACCCCUACACGCCUCCAAGGACGGGCUCUGCUGGUGCUUACCUGUCCUCAACUGGAGCCAUGUACUUGUUUGGUGGAUUUGAUCUGAACAGAGCUCUGGGUGAUUUGAUUAAAUACAACUUCACGUCUAACCAAUGGGAAAGCCGAUCCUAUGGUCACUCUCCUGUGGCUCGUCACUCUCACACAGCAGUUGAAUAUAUGGGUAAUAUGGUUAUCUUUGGAGGAGAGCUAGCCAAUGGCUCCCUUGCCAGUGAUGUUUGGAUGUACCGGCCACUCUACAAUGACUGGCAACAGCUUGGCUUUUCCAGCUCACGCGGUGCUCCUAAAUUAGCCAAUCACGCUUCCGCAGUAGUGGACACGUACCUAUAUGUGUUUGGUGGUCGCACUGAGGAGGAUAUGUUUUCGUCAACCCUGUAUCGGUUUGGCUUGCACGGUUCUGGUCGGUGGGAGACAGUUGUGCCCACUGGUGGGAAACCUCCAGCCACUGCUGGCCACUCCAUGGUGUUCCACAGCCCAUCCAGGACACUGUUGGUCUAUGGAGGCCACAGACCCACCACUGCCAGGUUUAGUAUGAGGGUGAACAACACUGACGUGUUCCACGUGGACAGGCGGUUUUGGACAUCCUUUCGUUCCCGUUUCCCAGCGACUGGCCCGAGAGAAAGAGCUUUCCACACCGCCACUGUCAUCGGAAACUACAUGGUGGUCUAUGGAGGGAAUGUCCAUAAUCACUACCAAGAGGAAAAGUGCUACGACGAGGAAAUCUUUUUUUAUCAUUUGGGCUGCCACCAGUGGGUGUCCUCUGGAGAGAGAUGGUCAUCCAAUGGUGAUGCCAUCAGGGGGCGGUACUCACAUGUGGCUGCUGUGAUGGAGGGACGGGUGCUGCUUGUUGCUGGCGGUUACAACGGUGUUGCCCGUAGAGACCUUGUGGCUUACAAAGUACCACUGUUCGUUAGUAGUGAUCAAGGUGACAGGGAUGCUGUUUGUGCGGAAGCACUAGAUGAAAGUAUGUGCUUAAAGAACCCAGAAUGCAGCUGGUGUGAGGGCCGCUGCCGAGAAUACCAGCCCACCAACCCGUGUGGCAGCACCGGGUGCCUGGGCCUGGCUCGCUUCCUGUCUGACUGCCAGUCAUGUCUGGUGUUCAGUGGAACACCAGCAACUUUAGCUCGAGCCCCGGGUGAAUUUGGCUGGUGUGUUCAGAAUGAGUCCUGCCUUCCAGUUUCAGAGCGAAGUGCGUGCCGUGUGGACCAGAUCUCAGGGGCGUACGGCUGGUGGGGGGAGCGUACCCUUUUCCUAACCUCCCUCCACUCCUGUCGCACCGAGAACUAUGUCCCGGGACUGCACCUGCUCACCUUCCAGCACCCCCGCAACGACUCCCAGCCUGACAAGGUGUCCAUCCUCCGCAGUACCAACAUAAUUCUUAGCCCCACUACAGAAAUGGAUGUAGCACUACAAUUCAGAGGCUUCAUCCAUCCACUGUGGGGUGGGCCUCCACCAGCACCCCCUCCAACAGAGACUGUAUCCAUGUGGGCUCGAAUCCAUAGGCUGCACUUUGAAGCUCAGAUGGCGUCAGGACCCAACUCCAGCCAACUGGAGCUCGUGGGUCGUUGGGCAGCCCAACAGGAGAAGGAGUCUAAGCUGUUGGUUCGGCCUGAUGGGAGUAGACUGUUCUCUAACCUGACCAGAGGUAACCAUUACCUUUUUCAAGCUGAAGGCUACCUUAACAACUCAGGCUCAGGACAGACAAGUGAAAUGGCUCUCACCUGGAACAGAACCUUACCUGGAAGUGAGAUCUCUUUUCUGUUCUUGGAGCCGUACCGCUCUGGUUCCUGCUCCGGCUACAUGUCCUGUCUGGCCUGCUUGUCUGAUCAGUCGUGUGGCUGGUGUCCGUCUCUGUCCCGCUGCCUGUUGCGGGAUGGUCCUGAUCCGGAACAUUGUCCAGAGGCAGAAAAUGUUGAAGGCAAAGGAGAAGGUCAGCGCCACCUGCUGCUGGCUCCACAGCACUGCACCCUGUGUGAGGAGUACAGAGAUUGCUCUGCCUGUACUCAGGACCCUUAUUGUGAGUGGCAGAUAAACUCCAGCAAGAAAGGUGAUUAUCAGUGCAGUCGGCGAGGAAGACUAGAAGGGUCAAUACGUGAUCCAAGGGGAUGUCCUAAAGUCUGUAACCAGAGAAGGACCUGUAGUGAGUGCCUCUCAAACUCCAGCCAGUGUGCUUGGUGUGAGUCAGCCCAGGCCUGCUUCUAUUUCGCUGCCUACCUCACAAAAUACCCAUAUGGAGAGUGCAGGGACUGGUACGACAGUGUCCAUUCAGUCCCACAGUGUAAACAGUGUUCAGCUGUGAACACGUGCACAGACUGCCUGAGAACAUUCCAGUGUGGCUGGUGUGGAGACUACAACAAUCCUACAAUUGGAAAGUGUUUGAGGGGAGACUGGGCUGGAAUGGAUGAUCCGUUGGCGUAUAACUGCAGUCUGGCUGUGGCUGAAGCUCGGGCUGCUAAUCCUGAGCCUCAGACCUCAGCUCCACCCAGACCUCUUGAAAUGGAGAUGGAGCUAGAACACUUGGAAGAUGAGGAACAAGAUGCAGUCUGGUCCUACCCCACGUGUCCUGAUGUGGAGGAAUGUAGACUGGGUCUCCACAACUGUCACCCGUUUGCCACCUGCAUCAACACUCCCACAUCUUAUGAAUGCCACUGUGAGAGAGGAUACACAGGGGAUGGCACGUUGCACUGCAACCAGACAUGUUACAAUGAGUGCCGUGAGGGCCAGUGUAGCGGCAGUCCACGGUUUGAGUGUGAAUGUUCUCUGGGCUGGACAUCUGAUCCAGCUACUCUGGUUCUGAGUGGCGUGGAGUGUGACGUAGACUGUGGCUGCAACUUCCACUCCACCUGUAUCACCGCCCCAGGGAUCUGUGACGAAUGCCAAGAUUGGACUACAGGGCCUCACUGUGAGCACUGCCGUCCGGGUAGCUUUGGCUCAGCCCUGGCUGGUGGAGGCGGCUGUGUGCCAUGUGAGUGUAACGGGCACGGCGACCCGAUGCAAGGGUACUGUCACAACCAGACGGGCCAGUGCUACUGCACUCACAACACCCAGGGACCACACUGCGAGUCCUGCCUACCUGGUUACUAUGGAGACCCCAGAAACAACGGCACAUGUUACCGGCAGUGCCAAGGCCGCUCCGUCCUGCUCUCCUCCACCUCCUCCUCUUCCAUCCCCCUGUCGUCUUCUUUGGGAUGGCGAAGUGGCACAGAAGGGAAGGGGGGGCUUUCUCAUUGCUUGUGGGUCUUGUCUGUCUCGGAGAACUUGGCACCUUGUCCGCCCAAACAGAUCUGUCCCCCAGUGGCCCUCACUCUGCACCCGGACUCCCACACAUAUUGUAAAAGUUCCUAUGUCUAUGUGUUUGAUGGCCUUCCUCGUUUUCUGGGCAAUGGAGUCGUACAUUCGGAUCACAAUCUUAUUGGAGCUUUCUGUGGCACCACAAGGACUCAGCCCAUUACAGUGGAGGCCACCUCAGGACUGAUCUCUGUAUACUUUGAAGCCAAUGUCUCUUCAAACAAACCGCAAGGCUUCAAUGCAUCUUUUUGGGUUCGGCGGUGUCACCAGAGCUCUGAUGAGGACGAAGAGGGAUCGUCUGUUUGUCCAAGUGGAGCACAGUGCCAGGGCGGUGUCUGCCAGUGUCCACAGGGGUUCGGAGGACCGCACUGUGACCGGCCCAUAUGCCCUCAAGAUUGUGGAGUAGCCGAAGGAAGAGGAGUUUGUAAUACCUCUCUGGGGUUGUGUAUGUGCUCAGAUAGCUGGGCUGGCUCAAACUGCUCAGUUCCUCGUGACCCCAGCAGCUUGAUUUGGGACACUCUGCUGGACACUCAGCUUACAAUGAACCAGGCACAUCGGUUCCUUCACAGGAUGGGACAUUCUAUGGUGUCUGGACCACAGGGAAACCUCUGGAUGUAUGGUGGGCUCUCGCUGUCGGAGGGCAUUCUUGGGAAUGUGUACAGAUAUUCUGUGCUGGAGCGUCGUUGGACCCAAAUGUUAACAAGCACUGCGGACGAGGGUUCGACUCCUAGCGCUCGCUAUCACCACGCCUCUGCAUUGGUCACAAGUUUUGAGUCGGGUUCUGGAGGCCAGGGAGCAGGCCACAACUUCAUGUUGGUGGUGGGCGGUGUCACUCGGGAUGGUGUUACCAUGGAUACGUGGAGUCUCAAUCUCAGUAGCUUAGUCUGGAGAGAACACAAGAGCUCAGUGCUGCCCCCAGUGGCAGGUCACACCUUAACCGUACGCCGAGGCUCCUCUGUGAUGCUGAUUGGAGGCUAUUCUCCAGAGAAUGGAUUCAACCACCACCUUCUAGAGUUCAGCCCUCAGACAGGCAACUGGACCAUCGCCCCCCACACGGGCACACCACCUACAGGUUUAUAUGGCCACUCGGCUGUGUACCAUGACCAGACUGAUGCGAUCUAUGUGUUUGGAGGCUACCGCUUUCACGUGGAGACAGUGGAGCCAUCAGGCGAACUUUACAGUCUCUAUUACCCCAACCUCACCUGGUCUCUGCUUGUCCCCUCUCGGGGUAUGAAGCCCCUUUCUCGUUUCUUCCAUGCUGCAGCUUUGAUCAAAGACACCAUGGUCAUUGUUGGGGGGAGGACAGAAGCAGAAGACUACAGUAACUCUGUUUUUCUGUACCAGGUCAACUGUAACACCUGGAUACAACCAGUUUCUGCCAUAGGAGAUCCAGUGAAUCGCUCCGUGUCCUUGGCUAUGACGAGCUGGGAUGGUCACCUGUUCCUUUCAGGGGGCUUCAAUGGGGUUACACUAGGCAGACUCCUAACUCUGUCUGUACCCUCUGACCCUUGUGCCCUGCUACCUACACCGGAGGCCUGUAAUACCACCACAGGGAGCUGCACUUGGUGCAGGGGAAUCUGCGCUUCCUCCGAUGCUGCUGAGAGAAUGGGCUGCGUUUCUGGGCAGUUGACCUGUACCCCAACUCCUCGUCAACCAGACCAAUGCCGCAGACUCAAGACCUGUAGCGAAUGCCUUGCUCGACACCCAAAAACAUUUUCCAGUCCAUCACAGCCUGCCUUACAGUGUAAGUGGUGCACAAACUGUCCAGAAGGGGCUUGUAUCAACAGCUCCGUCAGCUGUACAUCUGAACAUGACUGCCGGAUCAACCAGAGGGAGAUUUUCCUGUCAAGCAACUGCACUGAGACGAGCUGCGAGGCCUCUGAUUGCCCAAAGUGUACUGCUUCUGGGAAAUGCAUGUGGACUCGACAAUUCAAACGCACAGGCGAGACAAGACGCAUCCUGAGUGUGAACCCCACUUACGACUGGACGUGUUUCAGCUACGCUCUGCUCAACGUCUCCCCUAUGCAGGUGGAGUCCUCUCCCCCUUUGCCAUGCCCUCCCCCCUGCCACAGUCUCAACAAAUGCAGCCUCUGUCUGGGCUCCAGAGGCUCAGAUGGGGGCUGGCAGCACUGUGUCUGGAGUAUGGCUCUGCAAAAGUGCAUGAGCCCGUCUUUUGUGCCCCUCCGUUGUGAAGCGGGCCAGUGUGGUCGAUUGCUUUCAGGGGGGGACUCCUGCUCUCCCCAGUGCUACCAGCUCACCCAGUGCUCACAGUGCAUUGCCAGACCUCAGUGUGGCUGGUGUGCUAAUCGGGGGGGCAAUGGGGCUGGUCGCUGCAUGCAGGGAGGGCUUGAUGGCGUCAGUGAAGGAGUUUGCCCACUGAGAAACAGCAGCUGGUCUUUCCUCCAUUGUCCAGAGGAGGACGAGUGUGCCAACGGCCACCACCAUUGCAACAGCACACAGGACUGCCAUGACCUGCCACAGGGAUACCACUGCACCUGCAAGCAGGGUUACAUACUCAGCAGCGUUUCUGGCCAGUGUGAGCCGGUGUGUGCGCAAGGCUGUGUGAACGGGACAUGUGUGUCCCCAGGAGUUUGUCAGUGCCACUUUGGAUUCGUAGGGGACAACUGCUCCUCUCAGUGCAGCUGCAACAAACACAGCAACUGUGCUGGAGUGAACAAACCAGAUGUUUGCCUGGAGUGCCACAACAACACCAUAGGAAAGCACUGUGAGAAAUGUAAGCCUCUGUUCGUGGGCUCUGCGAAGGGUGGCGGCACUUGUCGUCCCUGUCGAGAGUUUUGCAAGGGAAACAGUGCUGUGUGUCUGUCAAGAGAUGAGCUCGAAAAGGCGCUUGAAAACCCUCGGCUGUUCCCUCUGGACGCCAACAGUAUUCAGAACUGGGUGUCUGAGGGUCCCACAGAAGAUAACGCUGUGUGCGUGAACUGUCAAAACAGCAGCGUUGGUGACAAGUGUGAGAGCUGUCUCAGUGGCUUUUUCUUACUCCAGGGGAAGUGUGAGAAGUGUCAGUGUAACGGCCAUGCGGACACGUGUAAUAAACUGGAUGGUGCAGAUUGCCCAUGCCAAAAUAACACUGAGACAUCGUCCUGCCUCAGCAGCCCCCAGAGUGAACGGAAAGACUGCUACAGGCAUCAAUGUGCAAAGUGCAAAGACUCCUUCAACGGGAACCCUGUGAACGGGCGUCAGUGCUACCGUCAGCUCAACGUGGACACUGAAGGCUGCUUUGAUCCCACCUCCCAGUCUAACUGCUUCCAUGAUCCCACCAUUCGCAACCUCCCCAUGGGCCGUACCGUGUUUUUUGCCGCCCAGCCAAAGUUCACAAAUGUGGACAUUCGGGUCACCAUUGACGUUACCUUUGGUGAGGUGGAGGUUUAUGUGUCCAACUCGCACGACACCUUCAUCGUGGAUGUGGACCAGCACUCAGGGAUCCACACCAUCAAAAUAGAGGAGGAAUCAGCAACUCGCGGGACCACCACAGGGGCCGACAGGGAUUCUCCUCCGUCACCGAUAAAAGUGUUUGCCAAUUCUUCGUCCAGCAUCGGAGGUCCUGUGAUCCCCCACAGUCCGCUGCAGCUUCAGACCAAACAGCCUGGGGCAGAGAGAGAAAUCAGAGAGGAGCAUGCUGAGGGGCUCAUUACCUACAUAACCGUCUGGAAACCACAGACGGUGCUGAUCGUUCGAAAAGUUCGAGAUCGUGUGGUCAUCACUUUCCCACAUGAGGUGCACUCCCUGAAAUCCAGCCGCUUUUACAUCGCUCUCAGAGGUGUGGGAACGGACCAAAGACAGGGGGAGUCCCAGGGCCUACUCUUUCUGCGACAGGACCAAGCCCAUAUCGACCUCUUUGUGUUUUUCUCUGUUUUCUUCUCCUGCUUUUUCCUCUUCUUGUCUGUCUGCGUCCUGCUGUGGAAGGUGAAGCAGUUCCUGGACUUCCGCAGGGAGCAGCGCCGUCACAUCCAGGAGAUGACCAAAAUGGCUUCCAGGCCCUUUGCCAAACUCACCAUAUACCUUGAGCCAGAAGAGCCUCAGCUCAUCUACUUACCCUCAGGGGUGGGGGGCAGCACGGUAUCGCUGGCUCAUACCCGCACCGGCAAGCUGGGCAGCGUGGUGGUGGGUCACAGGGGAAGAGCGGGACCCGUCUCUUACAAACACGAGCCGGGUUCAGGACCCACAGCCCACCACCACCACCACCUCACCUUAGGCGGAGGCAACAACGGACAGCACCUACCACUGCACUACCUGAACACUCAUCACUACGCCAACACUACAGCUGUCACCCAGGCCUCACAUCACCAUCCAUCCACAUACAGCGGCUACCAGCACUUUUGCCGCUCCGACCCGUUCCUCUCCCAGCUGAUGGGCUUCUCCUACUCCACCUUCAAGGUAGGACCCAUCACCCUCGAGCCCACAGAUGACGGCAUGGCCGGGGUGGCCACUGUCUUGUUCCAGCUUCCGGGAGGCGUCUUGGCUCCAAAUCGUGCCUGUCUGGGCUCUGCACUGGUCACUCUGCGCCAGAAUCUGCAGGAAUAUUGUGGCCACGGCAACGGAGGUGGGCACCCAGGGGCUGGUGCAGGGCGCAAGGGCCUGUUAGGGCAUCAGCACCUCACCACUAUGGCCAUGUAGAGACAAUAGCAGCUGAUCUUAAAGAAAUAAGGCAAAUUAAAGAGAGAUAUAAGCCUGUACAGCGUUUGAAAUAUCAUAAAGGAAUUUUUGAAACACACCUUUAAGGUGAAGUCCAAAAGAAAUAGUUUCUGUACAUCAGAGUGGGUAAUCUUGAGCAUCAUGAACAGACAUGUACAUACACUGUAGAAGGAAAUAUAAGCGUCUUUAAUUGUAUGAUGUAUUGCUUUACUGUAUUUCAGUGCUUCACAUGACCAAGUCAGCUUUCUCUUGAAUACUGUCACGCGUAUCAUCAACAUAAUGUUACAUGGCAUCCACGAUCACUGUGGAAAGAGAACACUAAAGACUGAAGCUGGACUCCUGUUUAAAUUAUUCUCAAUGACCAAGGAUGAUAUGAAAGAAAAAGAGGAAAGAAAGGCGCGCUUUGGAACCAACAUGUGCUUUAUAUCCCAAAAAGUGACAAUCAGGAAUGCUGUUGAGAAUAAUGGAUUUAAACUGGUUCAGCCUAAUGUGAAAGAUUUUGAUUGUCAGCCCAAUGCAGGAAAAAAGAGUCAAUGUUGCAGGUGAGAUGUUUUUUGUUUGUUUGUUUUUUAUAUUGGGUCAAUAUCAGUGAUUUGUAAUUAUAACCCAGUUUGUGGCUGGCUUGUAAGCUGUGUGUUUCUGUUAAACAGACUCCUCUGUAUGUUUUUUGCAUAGAAAUUCACUUAGUCUGUUACAUUUCUUUGUCUCACGUGUCUUCACUUCUUGCCUUGUCAGUGAGUCGCUUGGCUUACACUCUUCUUCUCUUUUUAAAAGCUUGUUGCGCAUCUCCCCAAGGAUGUAAAAGCAAAUUUUGAAUUUGGUCUUAUGGGUUGUUUUUGUAAGAAAGAAAUCGAUGAUGAAGGAUAUUGUUUUCAUCAGUGCUCUGCAGCUCUUCACACUACAGUUCGUAAUAUGUGGAUUUUGUCCAUAAAAUGAAGAAACUGUCCUUUGUAAGUGUUUAAUUACCAUUUUGUUUUUAUGAUGUUGGUCUUUGUCUGAUUGUGAUGGAUUGGCAGCUUUCCUGCUAAAAUGAUUGUAUUUGCCAAUCAUAAUUACAGUUCGAUUAAAGUAAUUGGAUAUUAGAAAAAUGCAGUUUGAAAGAUGUUCCAGUGAAAUUGGAAAGAAUUGCAGAAGAAGUUCUCCUGGAGAGAGGUUUCAAAAUGUUUGGACUGGAUCUUGUUCACUUUUGUGUUGACGUUGGUAUUUUUGUUUUUCAUUUUGCACUACGUGGUGCCAAUGUGGCCCAUAAUCCACAUGAAAGCAGACGUCCAUCCUCAGGUGGUCCACUUUGUCGUGUCAGAAUGUUUCCCCCUGGCCUCUUAUCAAACACGAUCAUGCAUUUCUUUUUGUUUCCUUGAGCUGCUGCAGCCUAAAGGAAUGUGGUCUGAGCGGCCUUCCACAUGCAAGCGAUAACACUUUGUUUUGUAUUUCUGUGUAUAUUUUACUCUUAUUUUUAACAUGCUUUAUUUUUGUACAUAACUUUCGUUGUGUUUGUAUUUGUUAUUUUUGAAGAAGGGAACACUGUUGUAAAAGAAAAAAAGACUGAAUGAAAAUUCAAUGUCUUGAGUCAGCUGAAAUAAAGUCUGUGGAACAUGAAUGUG